AUGCGCUUACAGGAACCGCAUAAAACAUCAUCAACUGAAACCGUAUUGCAAAUUCCAUUGCCAUGUAUGAGGUUUGAGUUUCUUUCUUCAGCAGUGGCGUCGCUAACUGCUGCAAUAUCUUUUCUCAAGUCAAGCAGAUUUUUCAAGCCAGUAUCUGCAUUAAGUGGACCUGAUUGGACAGCUACUGUUGCAUCGCAAGGCUUUAUGGCUGUCUCUUCAUGUUGUAACUUGACCAUUGAUUUGAGGCGAGGAGUAACCCAUAUCCUUCUCCUCAUCUGGAAUGCAACAGGAUACAUUUUCAGCAGCAGCAGGUGA